AUGGCAUCCCUCACUGACGAUGACGUCGAGAAGCUCUUCUCCGGCGCCCCGCAGUACUUUGCCCGCUCCGAGGGCCACUUUACUGGUGCGCCCCACCCCAGCGUCGCAUACCCAUGGGACGAAUCGCUCGGCAUCCGCGACCUGACGGAUCACGUCCAGAUUGAAGACGCCGCCUGGGGCAAUGUCACCGCAUGGCCUCACAUCACCCGCCGCUGCAGCAGCAGCAGCGUGGCCGCCAGCAUCAGCAGCAUCGGCGCCGAUCCGGCCGAAAAAGCCGGUGCGGCAUCUUCUGCUGCAGGGGGCAGACCGCCCACACAGCCCAGCAGUAGCACCGACAACCCCAAGAAACGCAGCCACUUCUACCCACGAUGCCGCGAACGGCCCAGUAUGCUCAGCAUACAGGGCCUCGAAAAAGGAACCGUUGGCUACGAAGCUGCCCUAGAGCUGUCGGUGGCAGAUGGUCUACAAGAAGAGCAGUUUGGGUUUGACAACCUGGGUAACCGCCCCAAUGCUGUCAUCGAAGCCCGUAAGAAACUCAUGGACCCAAUUGCGGCGUCCGCGGCUGGACAGGCAGCCGGAAAGGGCACCCAGGUUGACUCGACCGACCCCCUCGACGACAAUGCCAACGGCGUCAAGCACGUUGGCGAAACCCAGAUCCUCGAAGAGCUCAUCAAAAACGGCCGCCGAUAUGUCGACGGCACCUUUUACGUCCCAAACCAGAGCAAGCAGUUUUACAACGAGCUCUUCCACCACAUCCUGCGUGCACCUCCUAAGCGGCCACGGUCAUCUAGUGGUCACCACAAGCGCUCAGGUAGUGGGGACCUUGAUGCCGACCUGAUCCCCCAAAUCGAGGCUCUGCUCGACGUCCUUGCAACCCCCAACGUCUGGAUCGAUUUUUCGCACGUUGAAUGGCGCCUGCGUCUUGGCCAGGUCCUGUGGGCCUCAUCGCCCCAAGACGAGUUCGAUCCUGGUGUCGGCUAUGCGCAGCAGGACGGUGCCAAUCCGACUGACGCCGCGCCGACACCGACGCCGCGCCCCGCGACAUGCGACGAACGCUAUACCGAACGCUACUGGUUGUUACUCCAAAUCCUGCUUGCCACCGAGCUCCUACUGCGCCUAGACGCCAUCACCGACGGCGACGAGUACGGCCUAGAGUACGUCCACCCGUCCGAAGUGCAUCGCUUUGAAAAGGUCGCCAAUCCGUCCGUGCGGUGGUCGCUGAUGCUGGCCCGUGCGUGGCUGGAGAAUAUUGAGGUUGUGCGCGUCGACGAAGAGGAGAAGGAGGAAGUGGCGACGGCGGCUGUGGCGACGACCGAGAAGGAGAAAGAGAAGCCAGCCGUGCCCGACCGGCCUAGCAGCAGAUCAAGCAGCAUCAGCGCACGACGCAGCAAGCGCGAAUCAGGCAAGCGGCACACACUUGGCUGGAUUACCACAUUGACGAAGAAGCUGUCGCUCAUCGAGGACCACCUACACACAUCCAAGGCUCCAGAAAAGAAGCACGUCUACGCCAUGCGGGCCAAGAACGCCACGCGCCAAUACCGUGGUGUCGCCCAUUUUGCCCAGGAGCUCAAGUGGCCCAACGAUCUGAUCGGGCUCAUGUCACAGAGAGCCCUUGAUGCGGACCGCAUUCGGGAGCCGUUGAACAACAAAAUCACCGAUCCACCGACACCCCGGACUAGCUCAUCCACAGUGUCUUCAACAUCACCAUGUGCACCUCAACCGUCGGCAGGCGACAAGGGAAACCUUACGUUUAGCAGAGUGUUGCCGCGGCGGCGCAAAGUUGUGGCCGCCUUGCAUCCGGGCGGCUGGCUCUCGAGGAGCUACCUGUCCGGCCUCAUACUACCUGGUGACAGCCUUUGUAACCUGCUCAUGUCGACCCUUCUCGAAGGCGACGACGAGGCGCUCAAGACACUCGGUCCCGUCGCCCACCUUGGUGCCGGUUUCGUGUAUGGCGGUAAGAGCUUCUGGAGCACGGCGUGCAUUGUGGGCCGCGUCCUCUCAGCCGGUGCCGGUGCCGCUGAGUGUAUGGGAUGGGUGUCGUCUGACGUCCUGCCACACAACCUCGGUGAAGGUUGGGUCAACAUUGACGUCGACGAUGUGGCUGAAGACAUGCGAAAAGUCAACCGUCGCGCUCGCCUUUGGGGCAAGACCGCCAUUGAGCGGGAGUCAUCCGUGCUCGGCGAUGCAGAACCUGAAUCUGUCCUGCCCGCCGACUUUGUCAUUCCCUACGAGGCCGUCUACAAACAGGUCCCACCCAAAAACACGCGGGUUGACCUUCAGCGCUUCCAGCUGUACACCGCGCAGGACCCCAACCGCCCGCCGAAGAAAGCCGGCGAUGGUAGCAUCGAGCCGGCUGAUCGGGCUGCCGAAGGUGAUACCGAAACGCCCAAGGGUCGGGUUGGACCUUACGCAGCCGAAGCCUCGUUUGUCGUCUCCAGCGAUGGUGGCCCGGGGCGCAUUCUAAAGUACAACCUAUCCUACGACAUCUACUUUGUUACUGCGCACCCGUGCGUGCCCUCGCAACGCGUCAAGGUCGUCAAAUCGCCAUCCAGCCCGACCAUCCAGCAAAUUGAUGUGACGGGCGACGGCGCUGCCGCUCGCUCGAGCACGAUUCACACCGUUGGCCAUCCUCUGCAUAAGUUCUACAAGUACGCGUCGAUUCACCUCACGACCCUCAUUGACCACCCGACCAAGAGUCUCGAGCAGCUGCUUAAGGAGUAUGCGGCGACGCCCAGCUACCAGCCGGCCUCGCCCACUGCUACCUCCUCGUCGCCACUGUCGGACAAUGCUGUGCUCGUCAUCGAUUGCAUCACGGGCUUUCUUCCGCAGCCUGCGGCCCACGAGAUGCCCAUGUCGCCUGUCGUCGACCGUAAGCACAGCGUGUUCAGCUUUGAUGGUGCUUCUUCGAGCAUCUCGUCGUUCCCGCCCUUGACCAAGGAGAUCUCGCCGAUCGUCGCACUGUCACCGGCUGCGCCCAACUUGCCCAAUGACAUCCCAGAAUCGUCAACAUCGCAGCAGCCGCACAUUGCCAGUUGCGUCGCCCUGCCUUCGGCCACUCCGUCGUCGUCAAUGUUGCCGGCACCGUCGCCCGCUCCCCGCACAGUCCACCCGACGGACCCGGCUGCUUCCAAGAUGCACCACGAGACACGGCGCCGUCGCUUCGGGUCAGACAUGGAGAUGCUCGUGCGGGCACUGUGUGCUGAGCGGGGCUGGAACGCUCUGGUCAGCCGGCGGCGGCGAGGCUGCCUGGCGUGUGCGAUCCGCGAGGCGGGUGCUCUCGGCUGGCGUGUCGUGAUCCGUGUUGACUAG